AUGCCUGAGACAACGACCUCACAGGAUCCCGUCUCAAUCGCGGACGGGCAGCCGGACGCGGUCGAGGCAGACGAGCAGACUCAAGAGGCCAAGACAGCAAUCUCAUCAAUGCCGAAGAGCGAAGAUCGCCCCGAAGAUGACCAGGGGUCUGCCGAGGGCACGCUCAACGAGGGCACGCUCAACGAGAGCAACAAUCCCCAUGAUGCCGGCGACGCUGAUGUCUCCCCUCAGGGCGAAACUGUGUCCGGGGCUGUGUCCGCGGCCCUCCUCUCGCCACGCCCCCGCGAGGUCAGAUGGCCGCUUGGGCAGGUGCCAGUCGAGAUUUUCCAGUUGAUAUGCGGCUAUCUGCCCCGCGAGUCGGUCCAGGUCCUGCGUCUGGUCUGCUCCGAGUUCGACCACAUGGUUUCAGCCCACUACUUCCGCAGCGUCGUCGCCCCGUUCCGCGCCUCGCUCUACGGUUCUCCUGAUAACCACAGCGGCGCUCUGGUGGCUGGCGAGUUCGGCCCCGGCGGCCGCGCCGAGCUCCGCACCGUGUUCCACCUGUUUGGCGAGCACAUACGCUCCUUCGCCCUCGCCCUCGAGCUCAAGGAGACGGACCUGGCCUUCCCCCCACCCAAACUGACCCAGGAGGUCGUCAAAACGUCCUGGGGCUUGUAUCGGUGGCCGCUCAAGCACUACCAGCGCUACACCAACCUGGAAGCUAUCGAAGACCAGGCAGACGAGACAGCCUUCAUGACCCGUUCCUUCUCCAAGCUCACCGAGCUCACCGAACUGGGACUCUCUUGCGACGCUGGCCUGGGCUUCCUCCAGGGGCCCAAUCUCAAUAAGUACGCGGCCAGGACCAUGCCUCCCGUCUUUCACAGCGCGCGGUCCAUGCCGUCGCGCCCGAAUGACCUAUCAGACAAUGACCCGUCAGACAAUGACCUGCCAGACGAGAACCUGUCAGACGAGGACCGAACGUUGGACCACGGCAAGUCGGUGCGCUACACGAACUUGAAGCGCAUGAUGCUCAAUGCUGGCUUCGUCCCGGACGAGAUUCCUGGCGCCAUCAACCUCCUUUUGUGGUGCGAAGGCAAGGAUCCAAAGUGGGUCAACAGGGACGAUUGCGACGGCGACGGCGACGGCACCGGCCUCGGCUAUGGUUCUAUGUCCAGGACCCGCGAGUUCCGGCCCGCCCGCAACCACAGCACCGACCUCAGCGGGGCGAAGAAGAAGGGGUGCCGAGCACACCCGCUGGAGCCGCUGCAGUUGACGGCGGCGCAGAAGGAGAUGCUCCUGGAGAUGUCGUGGGCGCAUGAUGCACUGGUCCAGUCGUACGUCAUCUCCGUCACGGACAACCCGCACGCGUUUAAAAACGUCACGACAGUCAACAUGGCGCGCAUCCCCGCCAGCCUGCUUCGUACCAUCAGCAGGCCGAGCUUCUGGGAGAGCCUCGCCGCGGUCGACAAGUUCUCGCUCGGCGUGAUUCCUGACUGGCGCGUGGUCAAGAAGGACAAUGGGGUGAUUGCAGACUAUCUUUUGCAGCCCACCGACUCGGUUACUCCGGCAUACGAGCUUCUGGCCAACUGCAUUGCGCCCCGUCGGCAAAUCACAAAGCUUCACUUCGAGUGGAUCUGCGGCGGCGAGCUAGGCAACGGCGCCGGUCAGCGAAACCGCUACAUCUUGCCGGCGCCCUUCCUUGCGGCGGCCCUCCAGAUGGCGGAGCCCAGGGUCGUGUCGAGGGACCGCGGGCUCGUCCUGUCGUUGCCCUUCGUCCGGGAGCUGUCCCUCAAAAACUGCUACUUCACUCCACACGUGCUGCUGCACGUCGUUCGAACUUUGUCGGCCAGGUCCCUGGAGAAGCUGAAGCUGGAGGCUGUCUCCAUCACCGGCCCGCCCCAAACCGAUAUCCUGCCCAGCUACCUAGCCUUGAGCGGCGACCGGAGCAGCGCGUGGCCGUGGCCGCUCUGCUGCUCGACCGCCGCGCCUGGCCGGGCCUUCUUGUUUGCUGGCGUGCAGGCGGCGGCGCCCCUACAAGCUCAGAACAUGCUCGGUAUACACGCGCAGUGGAUGGCCCAGAACAACAUGAUCCCGCCCGCAUUAAUCCAGGCCAACGGUGCGCAGUGGCUGGCACAGCAAGUGGCCGGCGGCCCCAUGACCCAACCCAUCAUCUGGCCAGUCAACAACGUGGCCAGCAUUGUGCACCAGCCCGUAGGUCCGGCUCCGCCACUGCCUGACGAGGUCUGGCAGGGUCCGCUGAAGAGCCCCUGGAUCCCGAUCCCCCGUCUGCUCUCGUGGGCGCACAUUCUCAACGAGAUCACGCCGGACCAGACCCUCCUAGAGCGGUAUGAAGGGUCUCCCAUCCAAGAUGGGGACGGCGAGGCCUUCCAAAACCUGGCACAAAAGUUGAAGCAGUUCGUGCCGAGCCCUGCCGCGGCGGACAAGGGCCGUCUCCAGAAUAUCGAGUUCAAGUCGUGCGGCUACGUCCUUGCCGACGCACUCACCAUCAACAACCACGACAUCAUCCCUUCCACGCAGCGCAUGGUUGCCAUGCCCACAAACAUGAUGGAGACGCUGCGCAAUCUGGAAGGCUACAUGCUCCGGUCGAAUUACCCCCUCCUGGGCAAGAUUAUGGACGACUUUGACGACGCCGAGGAGUUCAUCAUGCGCCACGCCUUUGACAUGUAUUUUGGCUGGAAGGGCGUCUAUAGCCCCGAGGUGGCGCAAGCCGCGCAUGAGGACGGCUUCCUAGAGCAGGGCCGGGGCCGCUUCACGGGCGGGUGGAGGAGGGGGAAGCCCCUGCCCGAGGUGCAGUCGCUAGUCGCCGCCGCCACUAUCGGCACCGAUACGACGGCACCGUCCACCGACGGUUCCGUACCGAACAACUAG